AUGGCUGUUCUCGCUGGUAUUCGUGCUAUCGGCUCAACUGCCUACGCUAUCCUCCACCUUGUUCACAAGAUUGUUGAAGCAACGACGAAGUUCGAUGCCGGUAAUAUGAGCAAUUUCGCCCCUAGCUCCUACGGUGGAUCGAGUGUCGGUGCGACUUCCGAGUCUAAUAAAAGUGCGGCUCGUCCUGUGCGCUACGGUGGUGGUACAUCGAUUAAGGAUAAGCUUUCUGAGGCUCAAUGGUCUGCUGGUCGCGCGGUCAAUAAAGCUAUGUUCUGGCGCAAGUAG